CCGUUCGGAUUUAGAGGGCCGUGGUUGUUUGUGUCAAACGAAGCCGGGCAGCGCCCUAUCCUCAGCGUUUAGAUUAUUUUGUUAGUUUUGAGUGACUUUGAGGCGCUUUCCGUGUAUUUUACGAGUUUUCCAGUGUCCUAGGAAUGAACUGUGCACGUGAUAUCGUGGUAAAUCUAAUAUAGAAGAGUUAUCUCCGAGUUUUUGUGUUCUUUGACGUCUUACAUCAGUAGUAAACAAUGCCAUCAGACGAAGAUGAAUCUCCCGACCGUGCUAUUAUGAUGGACAUUUGCAUAGGAAAGGAUUGGCUUCUGCAGGAACUAAGGUCAAAUCCGACUCGUCUUAUAAUUCUAGAUUGUCGCAGCUCGAACGAAUUCGGAGAAUCCCAUAUUAGGCAUGCUGUAAAUUUUAGCAUUCCGAGUAUUAUGUUGCGUAGGUUGGCAGCGGGAAAAAUUGAUCUUGUGUCGACUGUUAAAUGCAGGGAAUUAAAAUCUAAAAUCGCGAAUGCUUACAAGGAGAGCUUGUUCGUCAUUUACAGUGAUAUUUGUUUGACUGAUCAAAAAAGUCAGGGCAGUUCUCCCAGUGAAACAACAAUGCAAGUCCUAACGAAAAGGCUACAACAAGAUGGCUGCCAGGUCAUGUGUUUGGAAGACGGGUUUGAGGGGUUCCGUUCUGCGUACCCGGAGUGGUGUGAGAGCUGCAGUGAGGUGUCCACACUACCAGAGCAGGUACCACUGAUGGGGCUGCGCAGUCUGCGUAUCUCUACAUACUUGCCGCAGGGCAAGGAGGAGGCUGACCGCUGCGACUCGUCACUGGGCCUCGAGGACGACCGAGAGUUCCCGGUGGAGAUCCUCCCAUACCUCUUCCUGGGCAACGCCGCAAACUCUGAGGACAUCGAGAGUCUAGACAAGCACGGGAUCAAGUACAUCAUGAAUGUGACUCCGGACCUGCCUAAUGUGUUUGAGGAGUGUGGAUCAUUCAAGUACAUGCAGAUCCCCAUAGCUGACCAUUGGAGUCAGAACUUGGCCAGUUUCUUUCCACAGGCCAUAGAGUUCAUUGAGGAAGCACGAGGCCAGAAGAAGGGAGUGCUGGUUCACUGCCUGGCUGGAGUGUCUCGUUCCGUCACCAUCACCGUGGCCUACCUCAUGGCCAAGCUGAACAUGUCGCUCAACGACGCGUUCAAUCUGGUCCGCGCACGCAAGACCAACGUCGCACCCAACUUCCACUUCAUGGAGCAGCUGCACACCUUUGAGGGCGAGCUCAGCGGAAAACGCACAGACACCAUCAGGUGUGAGAACUGUGGCUGUCAGAGGCCGGACACCGAGGCUUGUCGCUGCUCAGCCUCCACAGCAAACUUCCUCAGUCCCCUCAGCAUCAUCGGCCAAUCGCCUGACUCCGGUAUUGAGUUUGACCGGUGGACGCCUGCGCCAGGGGAAUGAGACAACGCGCAGGGAAGCGCCCGGGACUCCUCGCACUACCACUUUUAACUCGGGAGCUGGCCUCCCGCGGAGCUCGAGCUAGGUCUCAGGCUUCCCUGCCGAAUCAUCUAGUCUUAGUUGUUGCCAUAUCUUCCACAUUCCCUCUGUGUCUCGAUCUCAGUAUUCAGCCUCCGUAGGUUCCGCCGGUCGGGAAAGAGGUUCCCGUGGGAUGCUUUUACAUCGACUAAACGGUUUAGGUAGUCUGUCGACGACAGAUAGUCUUUUAAAUGUCUAUUUUGAUGUUGAGUGUCGAUCGACCGAGGUGAUGUCGCCAUCCUCGCGGUGUUGCAUGCUCCGUACAACGUAGGUAGAAUUGCUCAAUACACGUAGCGUAGCGUUAGACGUAGCCACUCGUUGUUGUAUCCUAGUUGUCCCACGGUAAGCGUAAGACAAAGGUUUGAUAUCGGAAAUACGAUUGCUCACCUCGACUUGCUGUUAAUUGUAGCUAAAUGUUGAUGAGCUAACUUAGUUUUGUGCACAAAAACUAAUGUUCUAAGUUAGUAAGCUGAACUUGUGAUAGUUGUACAUAGCCACAAAUCGAUGUUUAAUUGUUGUUGUUCAUAUUCUACUUUACACUUUUUACAAAUAUUUUUUACUACUCUCAAUUAGCUUACUGCAGAAUACACUUUAAGACUAAAUUUAUUUUUUCUCCUUUUCCAAUUUUUUUACAUCAAUGUUGUGUUUUUGUGUUGUAAAUUGAUAACAUUUUGUCUAUUGAUAGUAAGAUGGAUCACGGUUGUAAAAGUGAGUAAGAAUUCUAAAAAUUUCAUCAUUGUGUAAUGUAAUACUUAUUUUAUGUUAAGAUUGAUUAGAAAAUUAACCUUUAACAAAAGUAAUGCUCUUGAAAUGUAAAAUUUUGACGUAAAUCUCUUUGGAAAAAAUAUUGUUAGUCCGAUCUGGACCAAUCGGUGUUGAAUUCACUUGCAAACAUAAAACUGAUUGAACUAUAAUUUAAUCAACAACUAAACCAUUUUUGUUCUUGGGUAUUAGUUUUCAUUCGAUUAUGUUAUGACCGCUAAUAGCCAAAUAGAACAGAUCAAAGGGAAUUCAUUGCAAAGUAAGAUUUAAAAACUGGCUCUGUGUUUAAGAAUCCGUCUGUUAAAAUUUUGAUCACCUAAGCACAAUACUUUUUUAUGUUUACUCAGUAGAUUUAAUUAUAACGUUGUCAUGAGAAUAAUGGACACACAUCACUCGCAAGUAAGACUGGGACGAUGGUGACAUUACCAACAAAAUGUUCUUCUUAUAUACUCGAGUCUAAAGUUCAAAUCUAUCAUUCGUUUUUUUAUACGUUGUAGUGAAUUUUACACCUAGGUUUUGCUAUGGUCAUGAGAGCGUAUUCCUCCGGUAAUUUGAUAUUUUACUAAAUGAAUCGUUACCCCAACUACUUAAUUAGACUACAUGAGUCUGAACUCAUUAGGAUGUAAGUAAAUGUGCUUUAAUGAAAACUUAGGCUUUAACAGAUUACUGUAUAGUUGUUGUAUGAGGCGUUCCUCUUGUUCUUUGGUGACUUAUGUCUUAAUGUUGGUCUUGGUAUUCCAUGUCUGGUAAUUUGUAACCAGGUUAUAUUCCAGGUUUGGCUAAUUGUUUCCUAAGGAAUCAUAAUUUAAUUUCGGGAAAUAUAUCCUGAUCUUUUAAACAAUUUUGCUUUGUAAAAGAAUUUUUUUUAUGUAUUCCAUAUUCCAGCUCAACUCAAAGUUUAACUUGAGCCAUUUUUGUUGUAAAUAAUGUUUGGAUCAUUUUAAUACAACUCUACCAAAUGUUUUAUUCUUUAUGUUAUUUGCCUUAUUCAUUAACUAAAUUUUCAUCUAUUUCUAGUUAUGUACAUUUAUUACUUUUUUAGGUCUAAUGAUUUUUCCUACAAAUAAUUAAAACUUGAAACAAUUUACAAUUUGCAUGUUGUGUUUUAGUUUUAAUAUUGCUUUUUUGAGAUGUUAAACGCAAUUGUUGACUUGGAAAAACCAGAAUGAAAUCAAUGUUUAGACAUGAGUUAGCAUAGAACUCUUAUUUUUUGUUGUAUAGUUAAUUUUAUUAACGUUUAAACAUUUUUCAUAUUUAUACUUAAUUUGUAAAUUGUUAGAAUAUUUAUGACAUUGUUCCCUUUUAAACUGUUUCUAAUAAUUUAAUCAAUGAUUUGAAACUUGUUAUGUGAAGAUGUUUUUUGUUAAUUCUACAAUAUAAGACUUAUAUAAUGAUGUUAUACUUCUAUAUCUUUGACAAAUUACUAUUGUUGUUACAUUAAAAAUGGCAGACUGAUAAGUAUAUGCAGUUGAUAAGUAAGUAGUGUACAUUACUCUUUAUUGUACCAGGUUGGAAGUUUUAGUAAUGUAAAGAUACUUUAUUGAUUGACUUAAGAACCACAAUGGCGUUCUUGUCUUAUUUGAAACACAUGGUGUGAAAUAAAGUAUUAUGAAUAAUUAGUUAAAAUAGCUUCAAAGAGAACUGGCUUUUGGAAACUGUUAAAAGUUUUUACUUCUUGCAUGCUCUCGUGUUAUCAAUUGUGUUGUAGGCUGCAAACAACGUUACCAAUCUGUUUUUGUUUUUUUUAUAAUUUAAUAACAAGCUUGUGUUUUCCAAGACAACACCACUAUAGGUCGGCCGCUUAGAAAACGACCUCCUCCAGCAUUGGUUUAGCAUUAGCGCCCAGGUCGUUUUCUAAGCGGCCGAACUAUACCCUUGAACUACGUUUUAUUGUUCUUAUUUACAGUAAUUUUGAUGAAAACUGUUCCUAAAUUCAUCACUGGAAGAAAAGGGGAUUAGAUUUUGCAAUUUGUUACAAAAAAAAAAAACUAAGAUUUUAUAAUAAUUAUUUAGGUUGUAUUUUAUUGGUAUUUUACACUAUAAAAAGGUUAUCUAAUUAAAAAUGCAGGUGAAACUGAAAAUUACUCUUUUCAGGAGGUUGAUACAUAAGACAAGAUAACAUUGUGGUUGUUAAUCCGUCUAAUCUUGUACAUAAACCGCUGCCAUUGUUGAACAAAAUAGCAACUAACGUGGUAUAUUUAUGUCGUAAGCUUGCACCGUGUUUUGAUGUCAGCAAUGUCUCACUUGAUUCCAAUCUUUGUGCCAUUUUUAUUGAGUGCCUAUUCCAUUAGUUUUGGUAUCGACUGCAGUGGCAAUAUUGUAUUUGACGAAGUUUUACAAACCUGAGUUACAAACAGGAUUGUCAUUGCGGAUGAGAUGUAUUGAAGAAAUCCAUCCUGAAUUAUUUCCUGCCAGGUUCAGUAAUGUUACCACUUUCCAAGUGACAUGUAAAUUAUACUACCUAUGUAUAUUUUAUCUUCCAUACGUGUAACGCUGUUCUGUAUAUCAACUGUUUGUAUUUAUAUUUCUUGUAGACCUGAGUUGCAUACUUGGUUAUGCUAAUAACAUGUACUAAA